AUGAACCCUUUCAAGCCUUCAGCUCAACAUCGUGCCUACAUUUUACUUGUUUACAAACAUAUUCUAUCCGAGUCAUGCCAUUUUUUUGACGAUCGCGCAAGGACUUUUUUGGUGAAUCGCGCCAGAAAAAUAUUCAAGGAAUACCGAUCAUGCACUGACGAAGCACGCAUCAAGAGUAAAAUUCUGGAUGCACGAAAGCAUCUCCACAGUCUUCAACGAGCCAACGACGGAAAUAUCAAAAGCGCUCUUCGACUUCUCGAAUCCGCUUACGGUCGAAAAGGAAAAGUCCGGCAUUGCUUAUUACAUCCUUACAUUCAUAACCUACCCGCUGAUUUUCAAUAUCCAGCUCCUUUUGUACCUCAUGUUCCACACACCGCGCCUCCUCCACCACUUUGCGGGCCUUUGUGCGCUCUCGUCAAGAAAGGGCUGGAGAAACCCCUGGAACCGCAAUUACCGGUGCCUCUGUUUAAACCACUGCAUCCAGGUCGCAAAGCGAAUUUACUAUGGCGUUGGCGGUCCAAUCUGUUGAGUCGUGUUGCGCUGCCUUUGCCGUUCGAAAUAGUCGCUGAACUUGAAAGAAAGGCAGGGGCUGACCCGACCCAUCCAUUACAUGUUAUUCAUACAAUGGAAGGAGGGCCCAAGUGGGAAGACAUGUAUAGCGGCAAGGAAACCGAUCCGGACCUAAUGCAUCUGUAUCCGUCAGCUCGACUUGUACCUCUGUCGCAAGUGAACCGCAGUCGAUACCUUCCUCCGUCUCCAUACCAGGCCCCUCCGUCGCCGUACGCCACGCUCACGAUGAUCCGACUUUUAGACCCCUCUUUCGAACAUGAGCACAUCAAAUCGUCCGUACGGAAAAUCUUGGGGCGAAAACAACGACGCUGUUAUCGAAAACUACUCGUGCAUGUACCGCUUAUCAGACCGUUUCCCUCUGCCACCAGUCUGUGGGACGACCAAAUCGAAUACAAAAUUAGCAAAUCACGGUGGAUUCCUGCGUCCACUUUAACCCUGCUAAGUGAAGAUCUAUUACCCGACGAAAAGGUCAUGGAAGAUACUUUGUCGUUACAAAAACCUAAAAAGAAGCGAGGAAGAUACUAA